CUCGGUUGUUCGCGGGAGCACAUUGUUCUAUUUGGUGGCGCUCGCGUUCAAGAAGUUGUCGUGAUCAGUUUUUGGUGCGGAAAGUGUGUGCGCCUCAGACCUGCGGAGGAGGUGCUGAAUUGUGUGUGUGUUUUUUUUCCUCUUUCCAUUUCGGUGGUGGAACGUCAGCUUCUAAGGGCGAUAUGAAUCAAGUGCACCCGUUCUGCGAUUAAAUUGCGGAUCAGAUCGAUCACGGUUUAGUAAAUGGAAUUCCUUCGUUUGUAGGUCAAAAAAUGGAAAGGUUUGUGAUGCUGGAAAGUUCUGUUGACGUAUGUCGAAAAGUUGAAGUCUGACGUUGAAAUACUUCAAAGUGUGAGUUGCUUUGAACGGCCGUCCUGUGGCAGUAGUUAGACAAGUGAUUGGUAAUACCGAGAUUGUUUGGAUUAACUGAUAAACGCAGAUCGAGACAAGUUUUAAACAGCACCCGAACGUGACAAAUCGCACGACUGCCAACACUGGCAUGAUACCGCAGCUGAAUGUCGUCCAUCAGUCGCUCGAGUGCCACUGGAACGGAUCGUGCUUGCAGUUCAACAUUAUUGUUCGGUCAGAGCCGUGACGCACAGCAUAAGUCUCCGUCCGCGUGCCUGGACCUGUGUGUCGCGCCUAACGGACAUCCAAUCGCGUUUUACCGCCAAUGAUUCUCUGGACGGUCAAAGUUUGACCGUUUGUCGGUUGGUUGUUGUCUCGAUGCCCGAUGCAUUAAUUGAGCUAGCCAGUGCCAUAGGAAAUCGUCUGUACGUUGAGUGAUUGGAAAUGGUUCCGGGGAUCCUAAGUGGAAGAUAAAACAAAUGGAAUACAACGCGCCUCAGUUUUAAUUCGAGUGCUUUGUGAAGUUGUUUACUGCCGGGCCAACGAUCCGACGAGUAUCGGAUCGCGCAAUAGUUGGAUUGGGCCGGUGAGUUUACUUACGUUCGAAGGAAAGUGAAAACAGAACGAGCCCAAAAACGGUGCUACCAAUAUCCGAGUUUCACAGUGCAGUUGACGGAAAGUUCAAAAUAGAUCGCCAUAAAUUGAAGAUUAACGUCAUCUAAUCUCCGGUUUUAAAGGGGGCUCAACUUCGCCUAAUACACAGGGAAUUAGUUUGUGGUCAAAGUGGUUAGUUCAGUCGAAAGUGACAGUGCAUCAUUCCUGGUUGGUGUUCGAAUGUGAAAAAAAAAAUCAAUGGCCUCAGUUGGAUGUUAGUGUUUUGUGACCGUAGUGAAAGCCACCAUCAAAAAUGGAAGCGGAUGUUCUGAAUGCGUUGAAUACCCAAACGGCGUACCUUCCGGGUGGACGCGAUCGCGAUGGCCAUCCGUUGAUCGUCAUCCCGGUUCCGUUCUACGAUAAUCUGCCAUGGAUGAAGGGUUUUCUGGAGACUACUGUGAAAUAUAUACUUUCCACCUUGAGCUCCGAAACCGUGGCCUCCGGCUUCAUCGUCAUUCUGGACGCUCAGAAGUGCUCCUGGCGAUCGGCUCGGCAGUACAUUCGACACGCUCAAACGCUGCUGGAACCGAACCUGGACAGCUUCCUGGUGAUACGGCCGGAUGCAUUUUGGGAGAAAAAUCGGGUGGAGAAUUGCACCCGGCAGCACCGUCAGGGCGAGCCGAUCGUAAUCUCCAAAUCACGUCUCGUCAAGUACUUUGAGCUAAGCGAGCUACCCGAGGAACUGGGCGGCACCGGGAGCUACAACCACGAUCACUGGAUACAGAACCGGCUGCGCAUCGAGGAAUUCCGAAAAUCCUACGAUAAAGCGAUCGGUGACCUAGAAAACCUGCAUCGGCUGCUGCUGGACAACCGGACGGUGCGGGCAAGCGAGUCGGAAGCGGCUCUCAAAUCCUGUCGGCAGCUCAACCAAGACGUGCAGAAAUUUCUCGUCUUCGUCAUGGACGGCGGCAACAAGCUGAUCGCUCACAUCGGAGAACUUGAAAGUGCCAAACCAUUCAUCUCGCAGGACCUGCUGGACAGUCGGGACUCGGUCCAGCAAAUGCUGAACACCAUCGACCGGAAGCAGUCCACGCUGAACGUGGCACUGCACGAACUGGAGCGGAACGUGGAAGAGCUACGGGAGCUGGCAACCCUGGAGGAAGGUGUGGCGUAUGUCACCAACUGGAUUCUUACCACGGCGGAGGCGAUGCUGAAUGGCCAACUGAAGGUGGGCUACGAUGUGACGACCACCGAAAAACUUCGCCUCGAGCACGAGAUAUUGGAACUGCAGUGCUGGAAAAGUUACGGUUUCUACGCGGAGCUGAUCUACAAGAUCGACAACUUUCCAAAGAUGAAGGAUUCCGCGUCCUACAAGGAUCUGCUAUCCCAGCGCGAGUGGAUGGAUUUCGUUUGCCGAAGUUUUGCCCAACGGUUGGAACGACGCAGGAAUGUUUUGAUCACUUCGGUGCGAUUCUACCGGCUGGUGGCGGAGUACUUCGACAGGACCAGCGAAGUGUUUCAAUCGUUGAUCAUGGGAGACAAGGUAGAGGAUUUCGACUUGGCUAAUUCGAAACUGCAGAAAUUGACGGAUAGUCAACAAACUUUGGAUACUGUCGAGAAAGAAAUCAUCAAAGAGGGUGAAAAGCUGAGCGACAUCCUCUCGAUGCCAGUGAAGGACGCUGUCGGACGGGAAGUGAACGUAGAUUACAGUGAGGACAUUGCCAACGUAAGAGAUAUUCUCGACGCAACGAUUUCCCGUUCUCGCAUAUUCGUGGAGAGUGUUGAACUUCAGAAGCUCACCCUGGAUCAGAUAACUCACAUUUACAAGUACGAAAUGGAUGCGGAAACGGCACUCCAGUGGAUGGAUGAUCUCUACAAAGUAAUGAUCCGUUCGCAUACUCAUGUGGGAACAAACGUCUACGAGAUCCAAGCGCAGAAGGAUGAACACCAAACUUUUCAGGAAACGGGCAAAGGCACCUACAACUACGGUUGUCAGCUGCUGAAUGCGUCGCUUGCCCUGCGGCAGUCCUGCAAACUGGAAACGGAUCGCAACAUAGACAUGACCAAACACCUCCAGGGCACCUGGAAGCAAUUUCAAGCCGUCAGUCAAGAGCAACUGACGCGGCUCAGAGUGUCUGCCGUGUUUCAUCGUAGCGUUGAGGAACACUGCAGCAAACUGUACGAACUGAAGGAUAACGUGCUCCGGAUCGGGGAGAUCGAAGAGACUAGUCGGCGGAAGGUGAGACUGAGAAAAUGUCUCGGCAGUCGGGAACGGUUACUGGUGGAGGUGGGCCGAAUGGUUCGGCUGGGAAGAUUACUGAAGACUAGACUGAAAGAGCCAUUUUUGUUGGAUGAUCGUGUCGAAACCAUGGCAAGUCCGGAAAACAUCUUGGCCGAGUCGGAUAACAUAAUGGCUAGUGAGGCGAUUUCGGCUCGUUUGGCUGAGGUUUCGCGGAUCGCCGAGUCCCUUGACAGCGUCCUGAGAGACGUCCAGGGCGGAUUCGACGAAGCGGACGAUGAAGUCGUUGUCGCGACCAAUGGCGGAGAGUCAUCCGGUGGUUCCGACAAGAAGCUCGAUGGCAGUAAUCAUAGUGAUGACUGGAGUUGCAGUAUGAAAUCCACCGAAGACGAAUCAUUCGUCACGGCAUCUGAUUGCACCUGUACUCCCCAGUCACGAUCGUCCUCAUAUCACACGGCAUCGGAAUGUCGUGCAUCUCCUUGGUGGGGUGGUGAGUCGACGGAGCGUAGCUCUCUGGAUAAUGACUCUUCCGAGGAUGCCGAUCCUGAAGCGAUGCCAUCGAUCAAACUGCUCUCCGGGGUCGUCAUAACAGCCUCUACCGCUAAUCUAUCGUUCGACGAUUCGGAACAUAGUUUCCUGACACCGACGUCCAACAGUGAGCAAGCAGAUUCGGACGAUCCCCAGGCAGCAUCGUCUCGCCAUCAACUGUCGCCGGUGAUCAGUUCCGGAUCGAGUUCGGCACUGAACUCCAUCAACCGAAGGGAGAAUCUAGCCUUGGCAUUGACCUCGGAAGAGUUGGAGCAGAUCGAGAACGACAUUCGGAAUAACAACGUAGUGGCGGAAAGUACUCCGACGAAGGCCGCAUCCGGCAAACACCAGCAUAGCUCACCGACGGCGAGUGAAGACAGUGGAAACGUAAGUACGAGUCUGGAUGGAGAUGUGCUGAACGGUGCCCAAGUGUUGCUGGGUAGUUCGUUGAAGCACGGUUCCCAGGAAAUAUCCGGACUGACCUACUAUUAUCAGAACAUUAUCACCAAACAUGCGGUCAAAAGCUGCCUGUGAGGUGAUUCGCUUGGUUGGCUGGUGGAUCAGUUUGGAGCUGUUUUGGAGACAGGUGUCGAAUGACCGUCAUGUUAAUUCAGUGUUAAAAAGUGUAUGCCAACAGGUGGCAAUGAAUCUCAACAAAAGUGUGUUUUGUGUUCUCAGUAAGUAAAUGUUUAAGCUUAGCUUGGAAAUUGUGUCACAUUUGACUGUUUGUACUAACUUGCCUUAUGCUUAGGAGUAAUGUUAAAACCCGUUUUUUUUCUUUAGCAAAAGUAAUAGAAACCAAUUCUAUGAAUGUCCAUUCCGUCAAGUUUUGCUUUAGAAACUAAGUUUUGAUUUUGAUUGUAAUAAAUUUGGACCUUUGUUAUUGUUA